AUGGGCAAAGUUCACGGAUCCCUCGCCCGUGCUGGCAAGGUCAAGUCGCAAACCCCCAAGGUCGAGAAGCAGGAGAAGGCCAAGACCCCCAAGGGCCGCGCCCACAAGCGUGAGAUCUAUACUCGCCGCUUCGUCAACAUUACCCUCACCCCUGGUGGCAAGAGAAAGGAUGAAUGCGAACCCAACCGCUUAAAUCGAAUGAACAUCACUGAGGGAGGGGCUCUAUCUCGCUAG